AGUAGCUGUCAUGGUGGGAUCAUGACAAUUCGGCGAAGUGUUCUGUGCCAUUUGGAAGCACCAAUCGCGGCUUAUGCUUUACGAAGUCAAAGCCGCUUUGGGCUUGCCAUUCACUUCAUCCCCAGUGUCAGUGGUCAGAGUGUUACUACACCGGCUUCAUGAUAUCGUCCCAUAUCAGGUCAGGUAGGCAGUAAUCAGGUUUUUCGCACUGCAUAAAAGAGCCAGAAACUCCCCAUCUGCACUUUCCGUCCACUCAUAUUCAGAUUUUGCCAAGCUCACAUCAGACAAUCAACUACCGAACACUCCACAACCGAACAAGUCACGAUGGCAGUCAACGCAGCACACCAAAUCAACAUCACCUCCGAGCUGUACAGACGAAAGUCGUACCUUUGGCACGGCGACCUCCGACUCGCGGGCAACGGCACACCAGGCAAAGCCGAGCCCACCAGAGCCUUUCUAAGACCAACGCCCAAGGACUACGACGGAAUGGACAUCUUUGAGCGAUGCAGACAGGACUUCCUGGUUGCGCAAAGGGCGCUGGGGUGGGCCCAGGUGCUCGAGGUGGAACGUUGCCGUAUCAGAGGGGAGGAGAGGACUGCAAGGAUCAUGCAGACGAUGGCGAAGGAGAGACGGGAGAGGGCGGAGAGACGGAAGCGGGCGGAGGGGUAUUCGGGUGCUGGUUUGGAUUGAGUCUCUGAAGCAUUGGCUGCGGAGUUGGGUGUAGUUGGCUUUUUCAGCAGUUUGUUGCGCUGUUACGACUUUGGGAUUUAGGGCACAGCAUGUACGAUACCCAAACGCAUUGAUUGUGAUCAUAUACGCUUAUUGGCCUUUUCGGCAGCUUUCCGCCUCUCUGCACCCUUGGGAUACGUCGCAUGUCCGAAACCUCCGAUCACUGGCAAUAUGAGUCUAUAGCUUGCUGAGCAGCAUAUAUAUC